CCCUUCUGCUUCCUCUCCUCGCUAUCGCCGCUCCCAAUAGACUUCCCAGCGUUCCGCAUCACCUCGUCACCACCGCCUUCACCAAAACCUGCAUACAGAUAGACCCUCUAUAGACCCUCACCACCAUGGACGACCCAUCCCGCACCAUCUCCCCUUUCAGUCAACCUCAACCCACCGCACAAGUCCCCGCUGGAUACCCAGCGCAGCCUCAGGACGCCCUGGGCCUUGCGGCCGCGGCCGCCGCAGCAGCCGUCAACAGCCAGACCUCCCAAAUGCAGAUCGCAUCUCAGACUCAACCCACGACAUCAUCACUAUCAUCAUCAACAACGGCCACGGCACUCGAACCGCAACAACAUCACCUCCAACAUCCCUCAGAGCUCUCCCAGUAUUCCUCCGCAACGGCGACCGCAGCCCCUCCGGCCGAUGCCUACCCCCACCAGAUCACCGGCGAGGGGGGUCCCACUGCGACAGCGCCUUUCCUGCGAGACUUCAGCCUCGUUGCGGAGGCGGCCAAACGGGCCCAAAUGUCCGUGAUGGUGCGGGAUUUGGAGGGCGUUUCGCUAUAAAUACCAUGCGGAGAAAUCUCCUGUGGGGAUACGUGACAUCAUGUGGGCUGGGGGAAGUGGGUUGGUUUGUGCCUGGGUUGAUUUAAAAAAAGACCGACCUGUGAAGCCGAUAGAGUGGUUCUCGGUGAUUGAUUGGUUGAUUAGUUCAGUCAGGACUAUCUUAUCAUCAUCAUCAU